AUGUUAGGUAAAGAUUCUGAAGAUAAUAAAGCGUUUUGUGGGUUUUGCCAAAUUCUUAGCAUAAGAUUCAGGAUUCGGUUGCUGACCACCACAAAUAAUGAUGAUUUGGUUGGAAUGAUCAGGGAACACUGUGUUCUGGUGACUCCAAACGAUUUGUGCCACAAACUCUUAGAUGAGUUCGGGCAUCAAAUCGUGAGUGCUAUAAUAGUAGUAUUGCGAACUCAUGCUGAUGUGUGUGGGCAAUUUGUUUUGGGCUGCACCCAAGACAAGUCACAGAUCAAUCAUUUAUGGAAUUUACAGUUGCCUGAUGAAAAUAAUAAGAUUGAGGAGAAGAAAGAGUAUAAUGUUUUACACCUUACUGAUCCUCAUAUUGACAUGGACUAUGCCGAAGGAUCAGAAGCUGAUUGUCAAACAAGGCAAACUCUGGGACAAAUUCUUUUGUGUUGCAGACAAGACAAUAGUUCGCUUUCUAAUGAAAUUAAGAUGCCUGCAGGUAAGUGGGGGAUGCCAAUGCAUUGUGAUCCGCCUUACAGACUUUUCGAGAGUGCUCUCGACUAUAUCAGACAAAAUAUUAGCAGAAUCGAUUAUAUCAUUCUUACCGGUGAUUAUGAUGUUCAUACGAUAUGGGACGGAGAUUAUAAGAGAGUUGUAGAACGCUUCAUAAAUACUACUGAAACAAUCAAGAAUUUCUUCCCUAACACGCCAUUAUACGUGACAAUUGGAAAUCAUGAGGGUGACCCAUCAGAUUCGUUUCCAUCGAAGAGAAGUGCUAUUUUAACAAACAGCUCCACAAAUGCCAGAGAUGAAGUAUAUAAAGCCCUGAAAACAAUUAUGGAACCCCUCUUACCUGAAAACUCUUCAUCGUCCAUUUUGGAAACAGGAAGUUACUCUAUUAAACCAUUUCCUGGUCUCAAACUUAUAUUUAUAAACAAUAAUUACUGUUCCGAUCUCAAUUUUUUAAUAUAUACGGAUCUCGUCGAUCCUGAUGGAGUUAUCCAGUGGUUGAUUGAAGAGCUAACUGAUUCUGAGAAAAAUCAAGAAAAGGUUCAUAUAAUCGGUCAUAUCCCACCUGUGGGAACUUGCCUACGAGGAUGGGCAAACAUGUUCCUGAAGACUGUUCGAAGGUUCAGUAAUACUAUAGAAGGUGAACUAUACGGGCACACCCAUCAUGACCAAUUUACUGUUUAUCGUGAUGGAAGCAAACCAUUUGGUUCUGCAUUUGUUUCUCCAUCAUUUUCAACAUUUCCGGGACAAAAUCCUGCGUUUAGAACUUAUAAAAUGAAUGAGGAAUUCAAAAUUGAAGAUAUUGAGACUUACUCGGCGGAUAUAAUGAAAGCCAAUCUUCUGGGAACGCAGCCGGUUUGGUUUCAGGAAUACAGCUUUAAGAAAAUGUACGACUUGCCAGAUUUGGACCUGUCAACCUUGCAUAACUUGACGAAAAUUCUUAGUAAUCCAUUCUAUUUUGAAAGAUAUGAGUAUUUGUAUUGGAAAAAUUGGAGAAGCAUGUGCUCUACAACCGGCUGUCGUAACCAAAUAAGGAGCCAAUUAACUUUGAACAUAAAAUAA